AUGAAGUUCUUCACUGUCCUCUCCCUUCUCUUCGCUGGCGCUUCCGCCAUGCCUGCCGCUGCCGUGGCCGACUACGAUGCCUGCCCUGAUGGUGGUCUCUUCGGUAACCCUCAGUGCUGCGGUGUUGAUCUCGUCAGCCUAGUCGCCUUCGAUUGUCGAUCCCCUGUCGAGGUUCCAAAGGACGCUGCCCAUUUCGCGGCUAUAUGUGCCAAGUCUGGCCAGCGCGCUCGCUGCUGCGGCGCCGCUGAGGUUGCCGACCUUGGUCUCCUUUGCCAGAAGCCCGUUGGCGUCGCUGCUUAA